AUGGCGAAGAAGGUUGGUCGCUGCCUCGAUGCUUCUGUGCGAGUGCCAUGGCUGUCCCAUGCUCUUGUUGGCACUGAUGGCUUGGUCAUGCCAAUGGCAUCGCUGCCGGUGGGUUUGGGCAUUCGCAAGUCGAUUCACGGCAAAAAGGCUGGCAAGCAGCCGGCUGCGCCUCCGGUCGCAUACGGCUCCAAGCUUGAUGUUGACCGCAUUCCUGUCGUGAAGAAGGAGAACCGCCAAGGCUCGUCUCGCUUCAGGUCCACUCAGAAGCGUGAGCUGACCAAGCUCACGUCGCUCAAGGAUGCAGCGGCUCGUGAUCGCCCACAACUGUUCAUUGACAAGCUGCAACAAUGUUGUGCUGUCUUCGACUUCACGGAGGCCCUGUCAGACCUCAAAUCAAAGGAAGUGAAGCGCGCUGCCUUGAACGAAAUUUUGGAGUAUAUUACCAGCAGCCGCAAGGUGCUGCAAGAGGAAUUUUAUCCUGAGAUUGUGAACAUGUUCUCUACAAACUUGUUUCGCACACUUGCCCCUCCUCUCGAUCCCAACGCCGCCCUUUUCGACCCGGAAGAGGACGAACCGACGCUCGAGGUUGCAUGGCCUCAUCUCCAGCUCGUUUAUGAGAUUUUCCUCCGAUUCUUGGAGAGCCCAGAGUUGCAGAUCCCCACAGCCAAACGAUACAUCGAUCAGCGCUUUGUGACCAACCUGCUGGCAUUGUUUGACAGCGAAGAUCCCCGCGAGCGUGACUUUUUGAAGACGACUCUGCAUCGCAUCUAUGGCAAAUUUCUGUCGCUGCGUGGCUUUAUCCGUCGCUCCGUUAACAACAUUUUCUUGCAGUUUAUUUACGAAACUGAGCACCACAAUGGUAUUGCCGAGCUGCUCGAAAUCCUGGGCUCUAUCAUCAAUGGCUUUGCUCUUCCCCUGAAAGAGGAGCACAAGAAUUUUUUGCUCAAGGUGUUGGUGCCCCUUCACAAGCCCAAGAGCGUUGGAACCUACCAUCCACAGCUUUCAUAUUGUGUGGUGCAGUUUUUGGAAAAAGAUCCAACCCUGACUGAAGCUGUGGUGCAGGGCCUGCUUGACUUUUGGCCCAAGCUCAACAGCCCCAAGGAGGUGCUUUUGCUUAACGAGAUGGAAGAGAUUGUCGACGUCAUGGAGAAAGAGGAAUUUGCCAAGAUUCACGUGGAGCUCUUUCAACAGCUGGCUGCUUGUGUCUCAAGCCAUCACUUCCAGGUCGCCGAGCGGGCGCUUUACUUUUUCCAGAACGAUUACUUGCUCACUCUCGCCAAGGAGAACAUCAAUGCGAUCAUGCCCAUUAUUUACCCGGCGCUGCACAAGACUUCCAAGUCACACUGGAACCGCGCAAUCAAUGGUCUUGUCUUCAACGCGCUGCGCACUUUGAGUGAGUGCGACAGCACUGCUUAUGACAAGUGUGUGGCCACCUACGAAGCCGAUCAAGAGCAGCGCCAGAAGGCUCUCAAGAAUCGCGCUUCAGUGUGGGACAAGCUGACCUCUAUCGCCAAGCAGAAUCCUUUGUCGGCUCAGGUCGAUUUGGUGGAGGUGGAGGUGCACUACCACGAGGGCGAUGGUCAAAUGCACGGCCCAGUCAAGAUGGAGGCCACCUCUUCGCGUAGCGGCGUUCGUCGCAAGUCGGUCCUGCCUUACGACCCGGCCACAGUGCAGGCACUGUCAGAUUUUCACGGCCACUCCUUGGGAGGUGAUGAUGGCCGUUGAGAUGCCCUCAGCACCAAACUCACAACAUCAACAAACGGUAUCAAAAGGAAAACUAUGCGAUUCAAAACGGAGCGAAAUUUGAACAAGGAUAACCAAAAAGGAGGCGCAUGUCUCUUGAGCGACACGCGCUUGCGUACACUGCCGCGAAUACUCUGGCGCUCACCCAACUGAUGAGGUUUAAUGGUGUUUGUUUGUAUUGAUUUGAUCAGGCUCAAUGUCAUCCGUUGCCCCCGCCUUUUUCUUCCUGUUUGUCGUCAGUUGUGGUGCACUUGUGGAUUUGAUCAACAAUGCGUCGCGCAAGAGUCAU